AUGGGAUCCGCGGCGUCCAAAAGCGCCCGAGCGACAAGCUCUACUGUCCGCAAAUACCCAACCCGACCACCGCCAGCAGCAACACGAGCACGCGCCGCACCUCCGCCUCCUGUAACCGAAUCAUCCUCUCAAUAUCCCCAACCCUCCUCCUCCCACACAACAACAACAACAACCACCACACAAGUCCAACAACAACAACAACAACAACAACAACAACAACAACAACAACAACAACAACCUCCCCCCUCCAUCGACCCAGACGCCCGCGACCCCCUCCUAGCCGCACGCCUCCACUCCCUCGGCGCAGUCCAGCCAAACCCCCACUACUCCCCAAGCUCCACCUCCACCCUAGACCCGCAACCGCACAACGCCUCGUUCCUCAACCGCGCCAACUCGUCCUCGACCCACGACUCCCCAGACAUGCCGACCUCGCUGCCAGCCUCGGCGUUCCCGAACCCAGCGCAGAACCCGGCUCUACGGCUCCUGGAAGCGCGGAGCAGGAUCGCCGACGAGGCCGAGGAGGAGCUGACGUUGGUCGGGCGGAAAGGGUUCCAGGGGAGGAAGUAUGUGGAUGCUGGGGCGGUGCAGGUGGCGCUUAUGAGGAGGGCGAGGGGGGAUUCGCUGGAGAGGAUUGAGGAGGCGGUUGGGUUGAGGAAAGGCAGGUUGGGCGUGCUUGGGAGGAUUGGCGUUGUGGAUUCUGUUAGAUAGAC